ACCGCUGGCUUCCGGCACCCCUGCGAACCCCCAGGCCCAGCUGGGCCGCACCACUGCUGCUACCCACACCGGGUGGUCCCCGAGGCCACCAGACCCUCCCCAGACGUGGGUGGGCCAAGGGGAAGGAGCCCAUCAGCAGCCGGUCUUCUGCAGGCGUGGCGGCAGCGGGGGGAAGAAGACCGACGCCGGCUGCUUCUCACCGCCGGCAGCUGUGCCACGGGGCCCCAUUGCCACCAGCUCCUCCCCAAACGUGGUGGUUCCUGGGGGGGAAGGACCCCCGCCUUGCUGUGGGAGCCUCUCCAGAAGUGGUCGAAGACUCAUCUUCAUCGGCUCCUCCCCAGAAGUCAUCCCACCAGGGCCUCACCUCCAUUGGUUCCUCACCGUACGUGGUCCCACCAAGGUCUCACAUCUAUCGGAACCUCACCAGAAGUGGUUGCACUGCAGGACCUCAUCUUCUGUUUCUCCUCCCCAGAAGUGGUCCCGCCAAGACCCAUCUCCAUCGGCUUCUCCCCAGAAGUGGUCCCACCAAGACCCAUCUCCAUCAGCUUCUCCCAAGAAGUGGUCCCACCAGGACCCAUCUCCAUUGGCUGCUCCCUAGACGCCAUCCCACCGGGAUGGAGGCAUGGAGGCAGUGCGCCCACUGGCUGGUGGCGGCACGGGUGCUGCCCGCAGGCCACCGGGCGAGCAGCCCCGGGGGGCAAGUGUGGGACCUGGCACAGGCGCUGCGGGAUGGGGUGCUGCUCUGUCACCUCCUCAAUGCCCUCCUGCCCCGUGCCGUGCCCCCCCACGACAUCUGUCCCCGUCCCCAGAUGUCACAGUUCCUGUGCCUGAGGAACAUCCGCACCUUCCUGACUGCCUGCGCUGACAAAUUUGGGCUCCCAAAGCACCGGCUCUUCGGCGCCUUCGACCUCUUUGAUGUCCAGGACUUCGGCAAGGUCAUUGACACCCUCUCGACGCUCUCCUGGACACCCAUCGCCCAGAGCAAAGGCUUCACGCCCUUCCCUACUGAGGACUGCGUUGGGGAUGAUGACAUCUACAGCGGCCUCUCUGACCUCAUCGAGUUCCUGCUCUAUGGCCGCUACUGCAGCCAGGAGUGUUCCCAACGAGCCAACAACGGGCGCUUCUCCCUGAGGGACCUCCUGAUGGUGCCAAUGCAGCGGGUGCUCAAGUACCACCUCUUGCUCCAGCCCCAGUCCCUGGCACAGUUCGGGCGCCCCAAAAUCGACGGAGAGAUGAAGGUCUCCAGCACCGAGCGGCGCUCCAAGGUGGACAGGUAUGGCUUCCUCCUCGACAAGGCCCUGAUCAUCUGCAAGCGCCGUGGGGACUCCUACGAGGCCAAAGACGUUGUGGACCUGCAGAGCCACCAACUGAGGGACGGUGGCCUCGGCCCCCGCGACGGCAAGAAGUGGACCCACACCUUCCUGCUCAUCGACACGGCCGGGCUGCAGGGCUACGAGCUCUUCUUCAAGACCCAUGAGCUGAAGAAGAAGUGGCUGGAGCAGUUCGAGAUGGCCCUCUCCAACAUCUUCCCUGAGCACGCCCUGGCCGAUGGGCAUGACUUCCAGAUGUUCUCCUUUGAGGACACAACAUCCUGCAAGGCCUGCCAGAUGUUGCUGAGGGGCCGGUCCUCCCGGGGGUACCGCUGCAGCCGGUGUCGGGCCCCCGCGCACAAGGAGUGUUUGGGGCGACUGGGGACCUGCGGCCGGGGCGGCGCCGAUGCAGGCUCUGGCAUGAGGAAGAACAAGUCACAGCGGCCGGGCCCUGAGAAGAAGCGGGCGGACCUGGGGUUGCCCAAGAUGGAGGCAAGCCAGCCCUACAGCGGGGUUCCACCACCGCCGGGGGCACUGGGUCCUGCCCUACGCCUCAGCCCCGGGGACGUCGUGGAGGUCACCAUAGCUGAGGCCGAGCAGCUCUGGUGGCAGGGCAGGAACGUGGCCAACGGUGACCUGGGCUGGUUCCCUUGCGCCGCUGUGAGACCCUUCAUCUGUGUACCCCUGCCAGAUCUCUCUGUCUACUCCUGCUUUGGUUCGGCCAAAGCCCGCUAUGAUUUUUGCGCCCGGGACCGGACGGAGCUGACGCUGCGGGAAGGUGACGUCAUCCGCGUCCUCAGCAAGAAAGGCCACCCAGGCUGGUGGAAAGGAGAGAUCUACGGGCGGGUUGGAUGGUUCCCCGCCAACUACGUGGAGGAAGAUUACUCGGAGUAUUGCUGACCACGGACCCCCCACCCCAUCCACCGUCU